AUGUCUGCAGAGCGGGCUCUCCACGCCAAAAACGAAGGAAACAAGCUUUUCAAAGAAGGCAAACUUGAAGAGUCGGUAAAACAAUAUGAAUUGGCAACAAAACUUGACACAGCGAACCCAGUAUAUCCUUCCAAUCUGAGCGCAGCGCUGUACGAAACAGGCCAAUAUGGCGCCUGUGUGGACGCCAUCUUUGAAUCUUGGUCGCGUAAACCUGAUGAGGGCGUCGCAAAAAAACUUUCGGCGCGUCUUCCAAAGGCGCUUGUCUAUGGCCUACACACCGGGACCAUAAAAUCCACGCUUUUCAGAGAUCGCCAAAGCGAAAUCGAUGCUUUGAAGUCUCUAGCUGCGGGAGAUGAAGUCUGGGCACUCUGCGGGAGGGUGGUCUCCAAAUCCCUGGAAAAUUUCGAGAGUCGCGCUUUGGAUGCAAGGAGACGAUUCUCCAAGCUGCCCAUCUUGCGAGGAUACCCGGAUCCCACCCAAACUUUCUUCGUUAUAGGCACUGACGAAGUCAUCUCUCUCCUGGAUGGCUGGUCCGAGAAAGGAGGAGUGAAAAGAGACCAAUUAGAUGUCAAAUCACUGAAGCCAGAGCAGUUGGAGCGACUGUCCUUCCUAGUAGCAGGCGUUGGCGAUGGAAAACAUGCAUUCGGUACCUUGAUCGGUCUGAAAUUAGCCCGUGACAAGCUAUCGCGGGAAAAACAAGCACAUUUCAAGCCACAUCUCACCUUGUUAGACGUCCACCCCGCAACUGUGGCACGCAACAUCUUAUUCUUCAUGUUUUUGGAUCAGCUUCUAGAGGGCCAGCUUACUUCGACCGAACGUUUGGAAGUCAUGACUACGUUGUUCUACGUGUGUCUUGGCUGGGUAAUGCCAUCGUAUUGCUGGGAUAGGUUCCUUGCAUGUGUGGAGGAUCUCAAGAUCCGUCUCACGCAGACGCCUCCCAAGCUCCCGGGUUACAUCCACCUCUCCCUCGAUUCAAUCCCACCCAUUCUGAAAGCUCUCGAUUACUGGCUCAAGGUAUAUGUGCCUCCGGCCAAGUUUUGCGCCAAUAUCACGCACGUCACCGGAGCAGAGAAGAUUAGUCAAUUAGCGAACGUGGGUAUGCCCGGCCUGCCCAACCCGUAUCUCAUCCAACGACAAGACGUCCUUGAACGGAUCGGGAACCUACAACCUUCUGAAAUGAUGCCCAUGGCAGCAAAGCUUGGCCACCCUGACGUCAAAAACGAAACAGAGGCCCGGAAGGUUAUUGUGGAAAACCUGGACGAACUUGUCGAAAUCUUGACGAUGGAAGAAUUCGACAAGAACUUCCCGCUAGGUCUCAGUGAGGAAUCGAAGUGGUACAAGGAAACGAAGGCGUUUGUCCCACCUCGUGCAUUUUGGAGCCGACAUUCCGGCUUGGAGCAUUUUGGUCAGAAGUCUUUGACACGCGCAAAGCUGAAAGAGGCAGGUGCUUCGCCUUUGAAGAUCAUCGCGAAAUCCAUCCGCCAAACCUGGAAGUCUAAUAUGUGCACAGUGGACGGAGUUCAAUCAGACGAACUUACCGGCAUGGACUUGGACAUGCUCAUGACAGUUCAAUAUUUCGCCAACUUUCUCACUGAGCACAAACUAGGAGAGACAGUGGACAAAGAACUUAAAAAGGACUCGCCUUCUUUUGCAUACGCCGCUGCGUUCUUUGAAGCGGUUCUCGAUGCAAUCAGGACCUUACUCCCCAAUCUCAACAUUGAGUUCAUUAGCGGUGAAGUCCACCAAGAACUUGCCAAAAUUCGCUGGGGAGCAGAUACUCGCAAUCCUCGAUUCCCCAAAGACUUUACGCGUAUCUGGAUGAGCAACAUCCCCGACUACACCCAAGGUCAACUAAAUCUCACCACCUACGUCAUUCCCGCUUUGCAGCGGGACCUGCCCUCUGCAGUUGGGGCCAACUGUCUGUUCAAUAGCAACGUCUGGAAAAGCGACGAUGCGUACUGUUACAACUACACCAUGCUGUUCCCUCGUGACCUGGAACGUUAUCUCGGCUUGAAUACCCUCGAUGGCAGAGUCGUUUGGGAAAUCCUUUCCUUCGGGCCUAGCUUCAUCCCGAAGGCCCUGGCCACUUUGCCUACACGGGAGGAACUCCGCACCUGGCUGACGCGCCUUUUCCUUUCCAUCGUUCAUCCCGGAUAUGUCGAGCCUCGCCCCAACCUUGUUAAACUUCCCAGCACCUUGGUCGCCUUCGUCGGCCUCCUCGCAGAACUCAGCAACAUCGGUUACCCGUCACAUUGGAUCUCCGAAUUCCUUCAACUUGCCAUCACUAACAACCUGCAAGCCGACCACAAAGUAUUUCAAUCCAGGCUACCCCGACCUGUAACUGAGCGAGAUCAACUUGUCCCUUUGCAUCGCAUUCGAACGGACCCUUGGCUUCAUGAACUUGAAACCAUUCUGGCGAUCGCCAACGAAGGUUUGCCGUUCUCUGUUCAGAUGCCCGAAGGCCUGGCCACUCGCGACGAGGAGGUCGGAUAUUUCCAGGCAAAAGUAACGAGAGCAUUCACCUACGGAAUGUUCUACAACCGGGACGCUGUCGCUGCACUCGUCUUCUGGAAGAGGCCUGCCACGAUCAGGGGUUUGAUGCCCCAGUUACCCAAGCUGAUCCACAGAGAAGCGGAGAUUGCGCCUGUCGGCACUGUUGCCAUUUUCACCUAUCAAGACUACGUGGAUUUGACGAAGAAUGAGGUUAGGUGGAGGAUGGGCAAGUCGACCGCGAAGAAGAUGAUCCGGGAGCAGUGGAGUAUGGCAGUGGUCAGGAUGGACCUCAUGAUGGACAUCACUGAACCGUGUCCAGCCAGUCGAUGGAUCUCCCUUGCCUAA